AUUUCAUUAUUGCGCGCGCGAGGCUAUAAACAUCGAGGGCUUCUUUGUUGUGAGCCGGCGUACUGGAAUUUUUUUCAACAACCUCUUUGAGCGGAUUCAUACUCUUUCCCAUUGCACACUGCAAUAUCCACUUCCGCUCUUCAUAAUUCGCUAUUUACCUUUAUUUCACCCUUGUGUUAACUCCUUUUCUGUUCGCCGCACGCGUCGCAAUUUCUGGCGCUUUCGAGAAUCGCACCUCGGAUCUAUUCAACUACAUACAUCAGAACAAUCCAUUGACUCUUUAGUCCUGGCACCAGGAUGGCACCAAAGCGCAAAGCAGCUGCGCUGGUCGGUGAAGAGACCGCUUCGAAGAAGACCAGGGCUACUCCCGCAGCCCGCAAGAUCGCCGUGCCGAAGGCGGCCGAAUUGAAGAAGGCGACUGUCGCCAAGAAGGCCGCCGUCGAGAAGAAGCCCGUCAAGAAGGCGGUUGCGGAGAAAAAGACCGAGGCUGCCAAGCCAAAGAAGGCGGCUGCCAAAUCAAAGAAAGCCGAGCCCAAGAAGGUCGAGGAAGAGGAGUCAUCUGAAGAAGAAGAGGCCUCCGAGGAUGAAGCUGCUGCUGAGCCCAAGGUUGCUCCAAAGGCCAAAAGGGCACCAAAGCCAAAGGCGGCCCCAAAGCCAGCUCCAGCGCCAGCACCAAAGGUCGUCAAGUUCGGCCCUACCAUCAACAAGGCUCCCACUCAGAAAUUGGAUGUUUACGUCUUCGGUGAAGGCACUUCUGGCGAGCUUGGCCUUGGCAACAAAACAAUCGACAACAAGAAGCCGAUUGAUGUCAAGCGUCCCCGUCUCAAUGAGAACCUGUCCGCCUCGAAGGUCGGCGUCGUUCAGAUUUCGGUUGGAGGCAUGCACUGCGCUGCCUUGACCCACGACAACAAGAUCCUCACUUGGGGUGUCAAUGACCAGGGUGCACUGGGCCGCGACACGAAGUGGGAAGGCGGUCUCAAGGACAUGGACGAUGGAAUCGAUAGCGGCUCAGAGUCUGACGACGAGGAUGCCAUGAACCCACGCGAAAGCACACCUGCAGCCGUUGACCCCAAGCAUUUCCCAGAGGGCAUCGUGUUCACUCAAGUUUGCGCAAGUGAUAGCGCUACGUUCGUCGUGACUGCCGAUGGCUCUGUCUGGGGAUGGGGCACGUUUAGAAGCAACGACGGCAUUCUCGGGUUCACUCCAGAGAUCAUGGUGCAAAACACCCCGAUGAAGAUCCCGGAGCUGAAGAAGAUCACCACCCUGUCCGCCGGCGCCAACCACAUCCUUGCUCUCGAUGCCAAGAACAACGUUUGGGCCUGGGGCAGUGGCCAGCAGAACCAGCUUGGUCGCAGAGUCGUGGAGCGCACACGUACCGGUGGCCUCAUUCCCCGUGAAUUCGGCCUUCCUCGUGGCAGGAUUGAACAGGUUGCUACCGGCGCAUACCACAGCUUCGCCGUCAGCAAGGAUGGCCGCGUCUGGGCUUGGGGCCUCAACAACUUUGGCGAGUGUGGCAUUGUCGAGGGUGCUGGUGAGGACAAUGCAGUGAUCCCGAAACCAACCGUCGUCACUGAGCUCAAGCCCUACAACAUCAAGGAGAUCACUGGCGGAGGUCACCACUCAAUUGCUUGCACCGAUAAGGGCGAGCUUCUCGCAUGGGGCCGUUCCGAUGGAGGUCAGCUUGGUGUUGAUAUCUCCAAGGUCCCCAAAGAGCACAUCACCUUUGAUGAGCGCGAGAACCCUCGCAUGGUUACAGUUCCAGUUGUCGUUCCAGGUAUCAAGGCUGCUACUGUUGCUGCUGGCGGUGACAACUCUUUCGCUGUCGACACUGAGGGCAAGGCUUACAGCUGGGGCUUCAGUGCCAAUUACCAGACUGGUCAGGGAAGCGAUGAUGAUGUGGAUAUCGCAACUCACAUCGACAACACUGCUGUUCGCGGCAAGAAGCUGAACUUCGCUGGUGCUGGUGGACAGUUCUCGAUCCUCACUGCGCCGGCUGAUAUAUAAGCUGCGCAUACUAAAUACACGCACAUUUUCGACUUCGUCAUUUUACUCUGGAAUCAUUCUUCGUCGCUUGGGUGCCUCUACUCACUCUUCGUUGAUUGGGUAUCUCUGUCACCCAUACUACUCUUCGGACUCCAAUUUUAAUAUUGCAUGCAUGUUUGGCGUUUCCCAGGAUGUAACUGGUGUGUGCCAUAAAUAGGAGGGUACAUUUGCUGGUUUUCGAGGUGAAAGGGUCACAGAUCAGAGUAUAGUUGUCUUUAGGUG